AUGAGCGCAAACGCUGAGAUUCCCAACGCAUGGGAGGACGACUGGGAAUCCCAGGCCGAUAUCCUAGCAACCAAGCCAACCACUGAACCCGAGAAGAAAAUCUCGUCCAAAGUCACCAAAGCACAGCGCCGCGCGCAACAGGCGGAGUUCAACCGACAGCUAUGGGCGGAGGCUGAAACUCCGCAAACAUUCCACUUUGUUGAAACGCGCUCCGAGGUUGUACCCCUCAAGCAGGAUAUCAAGCCGGCCGUCACUCUCCUCAGCAGAAGACCGCAGAUUGCAACUCGCCAAUCCCCUGCGGGUGGAGUAGAUGGAGUUUCAGCUGGGCUUGUGCAGCUCGGUCUCGACGGCGAGGAAGGUGAUUCGGACGACGAGUCUAAACCACGAGAACCCACGCCGGAAGAACGCCAAGCGAUGGCACUCAAGAACCGGGAAGAAAAACAACGCAAAUACGAGGAAGCGCGGGAGAGACUAUUUGGCAGUCCAUCCGCUACGACUUCCGGUACAUCGUCGCCAGGAAGUACGACACCGCCCCGCCAGAACUCGUCAGCAGACGGCAGGGGAAAAGGCAAGGGCCGUAGUGGUCGGGACUACCAGAAGCGAGACUCUUCAGCAGCUUCAAAUAAGUCCAGGCAUCUUUAUGAUCCGUCGACUUCUGCUAGGUCGAAUGGACCGCAACUACAAAGACGAGAGCGCCAAGGGGACUCUGAGAAGCAACCUGCUCCGCAACAGCCGACUCGGAACCCUCGUGGUCCGGAUGGGAGUGGAAGGGGUGGCUUUGGAUUUGGCAACAGAGGCGCGCGAACAAGUUAA